AUGGCAAGCCGUUCCUACCGCAUCCGCCCUGGCUGCACUGUUGGGAACUUCAGCUCCUGCUCUGCCAUCAUGCCCAAGCCUGGGGCUCACAGCUGGGUCAGUGCCAUGGCCUACCGUCCUGGGGGGCCUGGGGGACCUGCGGGGCUGGGCUACAGGCGCCUCGGAGGCUUCGGCAGCCUGAGCCUGUGUGCGGUGGGGUCCCCCCGGAUUGCAGUGAGUUGCGGCCGGCCCCUGUGCAGCGGGGGCAGCUUUGGCUACCGGGCAGGGGGCCUUUGUGGGCCCACUGCUCCCUGCAUCACCAGCGUGACAGUCAACGAGAGCCUGCUCACGCCCCUCAACCUGGAGAUCGACCCCAAUACACAGGGCGUGAAGCACCAGGAGAAGGAGCAGAUCAAGUGCCUCAACAGCAAGUUUGCCGCCUUCAUCGACAAGGUGCGCUUCCUGGAGCAGCAGAACAAGCUGCUGGAGACCAAGUGGCAGUUCUACCAGAACCGGAAGUGCUGCGAGAGCAACCUGGAGCCGCUGUUCAAUGGCUACAUCGAGACGCUGAGGCGGGAGGCCGAGUGCGUGGAGGCCGACAGCGGGAGGCUGGCCUCAGAGCUGAACCACGUGCAGGAGGCCCUGGAGGGCUACAGGAGGAAGUAUGAGGAAGAGGUGGCCCUCAGGACCACGGCUGAGAACGAAUUUGUGGUGCUGAAGAAGGACAUAGACUGUGCCUAUCUGCGCAAGGCAGACCUUGAGGCUAACGCGGAGGCGCUGCGGGGGGAGAUGGGCUUCCUGCAGUCCCUCUAUGAGGAGGAAAUCUGCCUCCUCCAGUCUCAAAUCUCAGACACUUCAGUUGUGGUCAAGAUGGACAACAGCCGGGAGCUGAACAUGGGCUCGGUCGUGGCUGAGAUCAAGGCUCAGUAUGACGACAUUGCCAGCCGCAGCCGGGCUGAGGCCGAGUCCUGGUACCAGACUAAGUGCGAGGAGAUGAAGGCCACAGUAACCCAGCAGGGUGAGAACCUUCACAGAACCAAGGAGGAGCUCAGUGAGCUGAACCGUCUGAUUCAGAGACUGACGGCUGAGGUGGAGAACGCCAAGCAGCAGCGCUGCAAGCUGGAAGCCGCGGUGGCCGAUGCGGAGCAGCAGGGCGAGGCGGCCCUCAGCGACGCCCGCUGCAAGCUGGCAGAGCUGGAGGCCGCCCUGCAGAAGGCCAAGCAGGACAUGGCCUGCCUGCUCAAGGAGUACCAGGAGGUGAUGAACUCCAAGCUGGGGCUGGACAUCGAGAUCGCCACCUACAGGCGCCUGCUGGAGGGCGAGGAGAGCAGGUUAUGUGAAGGCGUGGGCUCAGUCAACAUCUGUGUGAGCCGUUCCCAGGGUGGCGUGGUCUGCGGGGACCUGGCUUCCGCCACCUCACGCGGUGGCCUGGGGGGCGCGGCCACCCGCAGCGGCGUCCUCUGCUCCCCCUCAGUUGUGGGGGGCUGCUCCAGCGCGAGAUCGGUGCGGUUUGCAUAGAGGGGGUGGGAUUCUGCAUAGUUCGGGUCUGAUGGGAGUGGGGAGUGGGACGGGGAGGUUGGAGGGGGAAAUCUUUUCUCUAUGAGGCCCAAAUGUCAGUUUAGUAGUUCUCCUUGUAGGGAGUUCAGACCCGAUUUUCCAGUUUCCUGGGUUGGGAUUUACUGACACCUGCAUUGAACCUGCCCCUCCCCAUGGUCCAGGAAAAAGAAUGCAAAAGCUUUUUGUAUCGAACUAGUCAUUUUCUUCCCUCAUUAGCUUUAGUGUAGCAGACAAUGAUUAAGUACCCACUUGUGCCAGGCCCUCUGGGAAGGGAGUGGGUAGAGGGGGUGCCAUGAAGGGAGCCUCUCCUUCUGCAUCUGAGGCAUGGAGGGGGGCAGUGGGGGAAGUGGGACUGGGACUCUGGGGAGGCCCCUUGCUUGGUCUGAGGGACUGUAUAUUCCCACAGUGCCCCCCAAACUUUCACACGUCAGAAUUGAAACAUUUACUGGCCCUAAUCUACUGAGUAUUUUUAUUUUUGGUUGUUUGUAAUUUUAUUGUAUUUGGAUGCUUCCUGCCAUGCUCCUUCUCCCUUUGGGUGCACUGGAUUAAACAUCAAUGGC